UUUAUAAAGCGGCAAAGCUGGGACGGUACUCGUAUGCCUCUUGAAACGGCAUCCCCUUGCACACGCUCUCGUUGGCUAAGGAAGAUGUGCGGAGGAGCGGUCGUACCCGACUUCCUCGCUGCCAGCGGUGGCCGCCAGCUCAUGCCGCCGGUUAACUGGCUGUCGGAAUCAUCUGACAUCAUCCCAGGAUGCGACCGUGAGGGCGAGAAGACGGUGGAGAAGGUGGCUGCGGCUGCGGCCGAGGAGGAUGGUAAGGCCGGGGGGAGACACCGUGGGCCGCGGAAGAACUCGUAUAGGGGAAUCCGGAGGCGACCGUGGGGGAAGUGGGCCGCGGAGAUAAGGGACCCAAGGAAGGGGGCACGGGUGUGGUUGGGGACCUUCGCCACCGCCGAGGAUGCCGCGCGGGCCUACGACACCGCCGCCCGCGAGAUCCGCGGCCCCAAGGCCCGACUCAACUUCCCCGACUCCCCAUCCUCCGUUGGCCCCGUCCUCCGGAUCACCAAGAAGCCCCGAGCUCCGGCGCCGGAGGGGAGCUUGACGUCGUCGCCAUCGCCGUCGUGCUCCUUCUCAUCGGCGAUGCAGUCCGCGGUGUCGCUCGCGGAGAUGGCGUGCGCGCCGGCCGGAGGAAACCGGGGCAACAACGGUGGUGGGCCGUAUAAUGUCGGGCUGUGCGGUGACGUGCGCCCCGUCUGAUCCAUGAUAAUAUCUCCUUUGGACGGCUGUGAUGUAUCAUAACUUGUGGGACCGUUUAGAUACCGUUGUGAUUUCCGUUGCUCUUUAAAUGAAAUAAUAUUUUAUUUUCC